UCUCGAAGCUUGUUGGCCAGUAUUUUGGGUCUUCGUAAUUUGUUGCCAGCGAUAAGAACUUUGAUGCCUCGAAUUCACACAGAGCUAGCUAAGAAUUUACCAAACAGAGAUUCCCAAACGAUCCAGGCACGAUUUCAAGGUAUUAUUUGGUCAUUUUAGGUCAGAGCUGCAUAAUUUUGACUCCAUCUAGAUUUUGCAUUUAAAUAAUUUAAUUACGUCCACGAGAGAUCGUACGCCAAGAAAAUGAAAAUUCUAUGUGGGCACUGUAACAAUUCCUAGAGCCCAAGAGUAAUUUUCGGCGUCUCGUGUAGCAAGUGACCGAUAAUGAAAAACGGAUUGGCUGACGGCAUCAGUUGAAGGAUUUGGUCAAGGAGAUCUAUCGAAGCAAACGAAGUUUGAGAAAAAGUCUUCAUUUUCAAUAUUCUCGACACCAGAUGGACGUCUAAUGCAUUACGGAUAACCGCUUGUCUGUUAGCGUUUCUUUCUCGCGUAGCGGAUGGAUUUCACGGCAAAAAUCGGUGGUUUUUUCCGCAGCAUUAUUAACCCAGAGGGUGAAACUCAAAACACAGACAAAUCAGCACAGGAAAAUAGGCAAGCAUCCAGCGACACAAAACAGAGGGAUGAAGAGGGUGACCUCGAUGAGCGUGAUGCGGAGUACCUAGACGAUGACGACGAGGAAAACACGACAGCGUUUCUCACGCGAAAUAGUUCCCUACCGCUACCUAGUAAGUCCAAACAAGACUCAGCGUCUCAUGCCUUGGCAUUACAAGUGCCUAACACGGCAAUUAAACGCAGGAAUACCCUCGCUGGUACCCCAAGUUUUGGCCUAAGUGGUCUAACAAAUGGCAGAUCGGCACCCAGCGUGGUCGCGCGCACGAAGCAAAGCUUAGAAACUAGUAGUAUUGUAUCAGACGACGAGACGGUCCGUGGAAUCGCAGCACGAAGAGAGUUCGGGGGACUUCCGACAAGAAGUCGGAGCGAAACUCCGCGAGCAUUUGGUGGCGGUACGCCUUCGAAGAGAAUAUCAACUUCAAGUUCUGUGUCUGACUGGAAUAUGGAUCAAACUGUACGCGGAGUUGGUCGGCUUCACGUCGUACUUGACUUCACAAUGCAUACGGCUAAGCUGUCUGUAACUGUUACAAAAAUAGAAUUUCCACCGUAUCAUCAAAGGGAUACUUCUUUGUUAGAAGUGAGCGUCAUGCUGUUGCCGGGAAAACGGCAAAGUUUUCGAACAAAAGCGAGAGACUUUAAUGAACCCAUGGCGAUGUAUUUGUAUCCCAAAGACAAAAUCAAGGAUAUGUCGCUGAGAUUUCGCUUGUACGAACAAGGCACUAUGGGCUCCAAGCAUUUAUUAGGCGAAGGAACGCUACGGCUUAGGUCGGUGGACUUAGACUCUGAGAUGAUUCCUGCAACUGUUGAUUUACAGCCUCCCGGAUCGUAUGUUCCGGAAGCUGCUUCGGGGGCGAUCAUGUAUGAAGGAGAACUGGCCAUCUCCGAAGAAGAUCGACCCGAGAUCUUACUGUCUUUAGAGUAUCGCCCAAUUACGGGAAAGCUUCUUUUGGAAGUUAUUAAGACAAGAAAUUUAGGAAUGUUAACUGAUUCAAAAGCACGAGAAACAUAUGUCGCGGUGAGGGUUGUUAAAAGCACUGGAGAGUUAAUUAGCAAGAGUAAAACCACUCCAAGACGGCAUAUGAUAGACCCCGAAUAUAAUGAAAUGUUUUUGUUCCAUGUUCCGGAGCAUGAGCUUAACUCGGUGACAGUUUUGCUGACUGUUACAAGUAUUACGGCGCGCACGCUGGCGCUGAAAAAACAUCGAUUUGGUCGUGUGUGUCUUGGGCAGAAUUACAGCAGCGAAGAGGAAUUGCGGCAUUGGUAUGAAAUGACUCGACGGAAAGAAAAAUCCAUCGUGGCAUGGCAUAGAAUAAAUGAAAUUUAGGAACUCUAUUUAAUGCACCGAACAAGAAGUAUGGCAAAAACUUUUUAAUUAAUACGUUUUACAAGAACAGGUCUGCGUUUCCAAAACGUUUCAAUUAGUGCAGCCGUUGGUUCGCACAUUAUUGUAUUAGGUACGUUGUUUAUCUAUUUUCCAAGUGUUGUUGAUCCGAUUCACCGACAGGCGAAUAGGUUAGUCAAAUGUUAUUACUUAUGACCGAAUAAUCAUGGAAAAAAAAUUCACGGGAAGAAACAAUUUUAUAAAAUUAUUUUUAACCCCAAUAGGGUCUGUUCCCGAAACAAGGUGUUAAUAAGUUUGAACAGACUUGUUUUUGAAAGUUUGUGUAUCUUCUUGAGCUGACAAAUAAAGCGAAACCACGCAUAAA